GAAGUAUUCUUGCACUGACAGGGCGCAGGUUGUGUCUGUGUCGUUGGCGCAAGAGCAAAGUGCAGCUGAGAGGAAAACUCGAAGUAGUCUGAUUAUCCUGCUUAUACUUAUUGCUACUUCAAAAGGCAGACGCAGUCACAACCAAAGUGCGGUCGCCGUCGCGAAGCCACAAUUUCCUAUUUUGUGCCGAAAAAUAAACUAACAAAUAAAAGGCAGCCCACUCAAUGUGAUAAUUUCGGUACUUAAUUACAUACAAAUACACAUAGUACACAUCUGUGUGGAGACUCGCGUACGCGUAAAGUGAUCAAAAGUGAGCGGCAAAAACAGCGUUUAAUUAAUCUACAAGAAAAUAAGAGAAGCAAACACAGUUCCUUAGUCCUAAAACACAAUGAUAAAUCUAAAUAAAUUCGCACUGGCAAUCCUCUGCUGCUGCCUUGCAGCCCUGCCCCAAUUUGGGGCAAGAAGACUGCUCGAGUUUAGCACGGAGAGCCCGAACGCGAUUGCCGAUGAUGAAUUUGGAACCUACAACUUUACCUCGUGUCAAAUUUAUUGCUAUGGCUCGUUAUUGGAUACCGUACAAAUGGCGAAACUAUUCGCGGAUUCAAAGACCUUUGUGGACAUGAAGCUUUUGUUUUCACCCCAGAAAACCUUGGAGGACUUUGAUGCUUUUAUGGCAGCAAAGAAUAAUACCCCCAGCAGGGAUGAAAUCCGCGAGUUUGUCGAUGCCCAUUUUGGUGCAAAGGGCACAGAGUUGGAUGUUUGGACACCCACCGAUUGGAUUGAGCAUCCCGGAUUCAUUGAUCUCAUUCACGAUCCGGAUCUAAAGCAAUGGGGUGUCGAUCUGAAUAAUAUCUGGAAGGAGCUGGGUCGUAAAAUGAAGGACGACGUGCACAAGAAUCCCGAUUACUAUUCCAUCAUCCCCGUUCCCAAUCCGGUUAUUGUACCAGGCGGUCGCUUCAUUGAGUUCUAUUAUUGGGACUCCUACUGGAUCAUUCGUGGUCUGCUGCACAGCGAGAUGUAUACCACCGCUCGUGGCAUGAUUGAGAAUUUCCUGUCCAUCGUGCAGCGCAUCGGAUUCAUUCCCAAUGGUGGUCGUGUCUACUACUGGGGUCGCUCCCAGCCUCCACUACUGACGGCAAUGGUGAAGAGCUAUGUGGAGUUCACAAAGGACGAUCUGUUUGCCAUCAAUGCACUGGAAAUUCUCGAACAUGAGUUUGAGUAUUUCAUCAACAAUAAUACAGUGCAGGCUAAGGGUCACAAUCUGGUCAUAUACCGCGACACCUCAACCGGCCCACGUCCCGAAUCGUAUAGUGAGGAUGUGGAAACAUCGCAAAGCUUUACCACUAAGGAAGCCAAGGAGGAUCACUACAGCGAACUCAAGUCAGCAGCCGAGUCGGGCAUGGACUUUAGCUCCCGCUGGUUCAUCAAUGCCAAUGGCACCAACGAGGGCAAUUUGACCGAUGCCAAGACUCGCUCCAUUGUGCCCGUCGAGCUGAAUGCAAUUCUCUACUGGAAUGCCAAAAUGAUUGCCGAGUUCCACUCCAAGGCAGGCAACAUUGAAAAGAUGGUGGAAUACGAGACCAAGGCGCAAAAGAUUCAAGAGGCAAUUCAAGCAGUCUUGUGGAACGAGGAAGCUGGUUGCUGGCUGGACUAUGAUUUGAUCAACGAGAAGCCACGCAAUUACUUUGUGCCAACUAAUCUCUCCCCACUGUGGGUCAAGGCCUACAACCUUUCCGAAUCCGAGAAGAUUUCUGCCUCGGUUCUCAAGUACAUUGAAGCCAACAAUCUCGAUUCGUUUCCAGGCGGCGUACCAAACACACUCUACAAUACCGGUGAGCAGUGGGAUCUUCCCAAUGUGUGGGCGCCUAUGCAGUACAUUCUGGUCGAGGGUCUGGACAACCUAGGUACUCCCGAGGCAAAGGCGUUGUCACAGCGCUGGGGACAACGUUGGGUCAAAUCCAACUUCGAGGCAUAUCGCGAAACACUCGCGAUGUUCGAGAAGUAUGAUGCUGAGAACUUUGGAGGACAUGGCGGUGGUGGUGAAUACGGUGUGCAGACGGGCUUUGGCUGGAGCAAUGGUGUGAUUAUCGAAUGGCUGGCGAAAUACGGUCGCCAGAUCUCGCUGAGCAAUACAGGAGCUGCAGCUCGAAGCAGUCGACUGAUUACCGUGCUUGGAGCGACAGCUGUGGCGAUAGUUGGCGCAUUCGCCGGACGCUUCAUUUGGCGAAACUGGUUCAAGUAGAGAACCCAACACAAUGCGUGUACAUAACGAUUUUAUUCAUUGAUUUUUUCAUAUAUAUAUAUAUAAGUAUUUUUUGCUUUGCUUGCGCUAAAUUCAAUAAUGGAAACUUACCUACAAAAAAAGAGCUAACUCGACACACAUUAAAAAAGAGGGUAUAGUUAAACUAGAGGACUGAGUUACAUACAUCGUUACAUCUUUACAAUGAUUGCAAUAUUGACGCUAUUUUGCGACUCUUUCGGGAUAUGACGCCGUUUAGUGUUACAACGGGAACAAAUAAAUGAUCAAAGUAAACGAUUAAUUAUAGUACACAGUACAUAUAUACGCAAGAACAAAAUAAAUAGUGACGCUUCGCACUGCCACCCAACUUGCUGAGCUGGGAGCCGACUAGUUUGACUGCUGCGGCUCGUGACUAAAGUAAGGAGCAGUGUUUGGCGUGAGCAACGUGUGACAGAUAUCACAAACACGAGCGACACGUUUCCGUGGUCCCGAUGGCACCGUUUUCGUUAGACAUUUAUCGCAGUAGAUGUGUCCGCAAUGCCGGCAAUGGAUCUUUCGCACCAUCACCGUAAAAUAUGCAUUACAUGUGGGGCAAUUGUUCACGUCAUCGUCAUCCUGCCAACGUACCUCGGUGUCCGCAUGUCGCAACUCCUCCAGGGACAUCUAUAACAAACCGAAAUGAUUAUGUACAUAGUUUGAUAAGAUAUUUUGCAACUCCAGCAUAAGAAAAGAAUAAAGCAUUAACUUAUAUUUUUUGUAAACAAA